GUAAAUAAAUCGCAUCGCAUGCUAUGCGUAUAAAUUAAUUUACAGAAUAAAUUGGGUUUUAAAAUAAUUUAUUCAUUAUUUCGCUAAAUAUUACUUGCAUUAAACAAUAAAUAUGAGUUCGGAUACCUUGAACAUAGCUCGACGAAAGCUCAAUGAAGUGCUUGGCGAAAAAUCAACAAAGUACUUCCAUCACAUGAAACAAUGGUUUCGAAUGAAACUUACGAAGGAAGAAUUCGACACAGAAGCUCGAGCCCUGUUGUCUUCAGAUCAGGUUCGCUUCCACAACGAGUUUUUAUUAGCUUUAUUGAACAAAGUGGAAGGUUUGGCUGAAACAUCUAUUAACAUCGCCCAAGAAAAAGCGAGUUCUCAUAACAGAAACAGUCGAAGGCAUAAGCGAAGCUCGCGAACGUCAGAGAAGUCGAACUUCGAGCCGGCGGAUUUGCUGGAGUAUUUGCCGCCGAACUCCCCGCCUGGUGCGGGCAGCGAUGGGGCUCUGAAAUAUGCUGCACAGGAAAUCUUCCUCCCCGACCAUGCAUUAGUGGUUGGCCGUUUCAUGUUAGCAGCAUGGGAGCUCGGCCUCGAAGGAGCUGACGAUGAAGCAGCUGACCUCAUAGUUGUUGCCGUCCAAAACUUCCUUAAAAACAUAAUUUCAGCUGUUGUAACUCAAAGAAAAGGUUACAAGAUACGUAAUAAGAACUUUACGUAUGAUGUGGGUGGUGAUAUGCCUAACAUGUGGCUCCGGAAUACAGCCAAGUUGUACGAUCCACAAGGAGACGGGAGGGUGGAGGUUGAUGAUGCGGUGGAUGGGCUGGGGCCACGGUGCCCGCCUACUAUUGAUGAGGUCGAGCAUGCUACGGCUUAUGAAAUUGCUUGCAGCGUCCCAAAUCCUACGCCGAACGAUGACAAGCUAACCAUAGACGAGUUCUACAACACCCUGCUAACACACCGGAACGUGAUAGCCAGCCAUUCAGUAUACGCCGUCAAUAUGGAGCGACUGGCUGUUAUGCUGAACCAUCCAAGCUAUUGAUUAAUUACUUAGCUCAGAAUAUAUGACGAUAGAAGGACAGACGGCUCACUACUUUUAUGUUUACAAAAUGCCGCCUCUCAUAAUUCUUAACCUACAUUUACAAACGGCACGCGAGCAGCCAAUAUUGACUUCAUCGUAACCACUGAAUGGGUCGCGAAUGCGCGGCCGCCGGAAUGUUCUUUGUAGCUCGGCAAAAGAAUCGCGGAGUGAGCCGACCCUGUUAUUAUAGGAACUGAGAGCUGUUAUAUUGAUGAUGAUGAUGAUGAUGUGUUCCUGUUAUCCCUCACUAGGGACAUAGGGCUCUUAGAAGAAUCUUCCACUUUUCACGAUCCUGGGCGACUGCUUCCAAAUCCUUCCAGCCUAGUCCACUUGCGCCAGCCUCCUUCUCCACUGACCGCCUCCACGUGGUACAAGGCCGUCCCGACCGUCUACUGCCACGUGAUUGCCAGCAGAGACCCUGCUUGGACAGGUGG